UAAUCAAUAGGUUACUUGUGGUCUGUGUUCCGUGUUUUAGUUCCGGGCGUUAACUAUGGCGGAGGCGAUGGAUCUGGGCAAAGACCCCAACGGGCCCACCCAUUCCUCGACUCUGUUCGUGGGGGAAGAUGGCAGCUCCAUGUCCUUUUACGUGCGUCCCAGCCCAGCCAAGCGCCGGCUCUCCACACUCAUUUUGCACGGUGGCGGUACGCUGUGCCGGGUGCAGGAGCCCGGGGCCGUGCUGCUGGCCCAGCCAGGGGAGGCGGCGGCCGAGGCCUCGGGCGACUUCAUCUCCACGCAGUAUAUUCUAGAUUGCGUGGAGCGUAACGAGAGGCUCGAGCUGGAGGCCUAUCGGCUGGGCCUGGCCCCCGCGGCCGACCAGGCCCCACAGACAAAGCCCCGGGCUCAGGCCGAGGGCGCUGCUGCCGCGGAGGCCGAGCGGCAGUCGCUCACGGGGCGGAUCGUCUUCACGGACGCGGACGAUGUGGCCAUCUUGACGUACGUGAAGGAAAAUGCCCGCUCAACCAGCUCCGUCACGGGCAACGCUUUGUGGAAAGCGAUGGAGAAAAGUUCGCUCACCCAGCACUCGUGGCAGUCCCUGAAGGACCGCUACUUAAAGCACCUGCGGGGCCAGGAGAAUAAGUACCUGUUGGGGGACGCCCCAGUGAGCCCGUCCUCCCAGAAACUCAAGCGGAAAGCGGAGGAAGACCCGGAAGCUGCUGAUGGCGGGGAACCACAGAAUAAGAGAACUCCAGACUUGCCUGAAGAAGAAUUUGUAAAGGAAGAGGUCCAGGAGAAGGAAGAAGCAGUCAAAAAGAUGCAUAUAGAAGCCACCCGGGAGUUUGAGGAGGUUGUGGUGGAGGAGACCCCUGAUUUUGAAAUACACAUAACAAUGUGUGAUGAUGAUCCACCCACACCUGAGGAAGACUCAGAAACACAGCCUGAUGAGGAAGAAGAAGAAGAAGAAAAAGUUUCUCCACCAGAGGUGGGAGCUGCCAUUAAGAUCAUCCGGCAGUUAAUGGAAAAGUUUAACUUGGAUCUGUCAACAGUUACACAGGCCUUCCUAAAAAAUAGUGGUGAGCUGGAGGCUACUACCUCCUUUUUAGAAUCUGGUCAGAGGGCUGAUGGAUAUCCCAUUUGGUCUCGACAGGAUGACUUAGAUUUACAAAAAGAUGAUGAGGAUACCCGAGAUGCAUUGAUCAAAAAAUUUGGUGCUCAGAAUGUAGCUCGGAGGAUUGAAUUCCGAAAGAAAUAAUUGCAAAGAUAAUGAGAAAAGAAAAAAGAUAUGGCAGAUGAAGUGGUAAAAAAAAUUUGUGACCAUUGAACUUCAGAGAUUCUUAUAUUGGAAUUGACACUUGUUUUCUGACCAAUGCUGUCAUUGUUCUGUGAGUCCUAGAUUUUGUAGCCAAGCAGGGUUGGUAGGAGGAUAAAAAUAGAAGAAAAUUGGAUAUAUUUAGAGCUGUUCCUGGCAGUAUCAGUGUGUUUAUGAAGGGAAAGUCUAAACCAGAAAGAGGUUGAUCCAUGUAGUAGUAAUCCUUUUCUGGAACGGAACCCCUGUCAUGUUGGUGACAGGAGCUAGUGACCAAGUCAAAGGAGGAAAAUUUAAGAGAGGAGACAGGUCUUUUUAGGCAACAUGAAUAAGAAGCCUCCUAUCCUUUGGCAGAAGCUCCUCUAGAUUGUGAUAGAUUUUAAGUCAAGAAUCUAGAAAUAGGGAAAGAUUUUGUUACCAGGCCUUGAACAUGGACUGUCUCAAACACUUGCUCCCCCAGUGAGCUUUGCUUUCUAAACUGCUUUAAAAACCCCAUAUUCCCUUUGUUAACUUAAUGUUUGGGGACCCUUUUCCUUGGCUGUUCUUUUCUUCAAGUCUUUGUCAGUAAAGUCUUGAGCACGUAUUUUUUUUUUUUUUUUUUUUUUUUAUCUACCACCCAGUUUUGUUUAAAAUACACACAAAAUCCUAGAGUCUCAAGAAGAGUCUUACUUGAUUACUAGUAAUGUGUUUUUAUUUAUUGAACGUAGUUUUGUGCUAAGACUGUUAGAGUUAAAGAUUAGUGGAUUAAUUCCUCUUUGUUGUGUUGCUUUUGUUGUUGAAAAUAAACAGAAGUUUGUAUUUGA